AUGUCCGCAAACUCCAGGCGGUCGUCGCACGACGGCGCACCACAAACGCUGGAGGCCCCAGCAGACGGAACUGCGACGACAGCCGUGGGAGAGGAGGCGGGGCUGGGGCUGCCGGUGCAGCUUGACAACGAGAAGGGGGGGAACAACGGCGUGUGGGACUGCUUGUGCUCCAGGAACACCAUGAGCGGCAGUCGCUCCCGCAAAACCCCGUUGCUUUUUCCAAAAGUGGCGGAGCCGUCGGCGUUGCGUCCCGGAAGGCUGCAGGGGUCACGGGAGCUCUCUUCAGGUGACCGCAUAGCGGAGUUUCGCCUGCUGGCGUCAAAUGUGCCGUCCGUAUCGAUUCACCCAAAACUGUCCUCGCAUCCGCCACGGUUGCAGGGUGCCACACCACCGAAUGUGCUGAUGCCGUCGGGAGUCUCCGUGCAGCGGUACCGCGCCAAACUGGAGGAGUGUGCGGAACUCCAUCGCCAUAUCCAGGACGUUUCCACGGAGCUCACAGUGACACAGGAUCACCUGCACAGCGUCAAGAUGGAAACGAACAGCUUUGUAAGUGAAAUUCAGCGGCUGAAGGAUGUGUUGUUUGUGACAACAGCUGAGCUGCAAAGCACGCAGCAGCGUGUGGAUGAAUUGCAGCGAGAGAAUGCGCGGAUGACUGUUGAGUUACGUGCGCACCAGACACUUGGGACAGAUACCGCGAGGCGGACGGGGGUAUCUGCAGCGCUUAAAGCUAUCCGUGGCACGAGCACGGACUCAGCCGUGCAUGCUAAUAUGGGGGUUCAUCAUCUCACGCACUCUGCGGUGAGGCUGCGCACGGACAACGGCACACCCUUGUCGCAGCGUCAAACGGCGAGCUCAGAUGCGCUGAAUACAGCCAAUGCCUUGGCCUCGUAUGUACGUGAGUGUUUCCGCACCGGUGUUGUGCCACAUAUGGAGCUAUUGCAUAGCCUGUACGAUGGUGACCGCCUGAUGGCCGUCGAUCCGCCCAUCUCUCACGCCCAACUGAGUGCACUGAAGCGUGUCCUCAUUGAUGCAACAGGGUUGGAGUCCAUCAGCGGGAAGGAGGGCCCGUCGCAGUUGCAGAUGUGCCGCCUCGGUUCACUUGCGCUGUCGUCCACGCCCUCGUGGGUGCAUCAGGUAAAGCUUCUCUCUUUCCGGUGCGAAAAUUGGCAAGCCAGCGUCAGCACGCUUCUCUACAUGAUACGCAGCCUGAAGUCCGUGCAGGAUCUGGAAAUUUUCUCCUUGUGUGACGUGGAUGUCAUGCGGCAGUUGACGGGGGCCCUUCUUAUGGCGCCUCACGUGGAGGCGCUUUCGCUGCCGGAGCUGUCGCUCACCGAUGAGGGACUGGCCGUGCUUUUCGCGUUUCUAAUUCGACACGAGCAGCUGGCUACGAAACCUCCGAUAAUAAAGCAGCCAAAGGUGUCAAGCUCCUCGAUGCCGGAGCCGACUGCGCCGCAGCGAGGUGUCGAGGCAGGCUUCUCCAUUCCUAGAGCUAGUGCGGAAGCCGAGGCUGCUGCGGGUCAACCGGCGUGCUCAGAGAGGCCUCUGGGGAUACACAUCGCCCUGCCUUGCCUGGACCUCAGCCGGUGCACCAUUGAGCAUCCAACGGCGCUCUUCCGCACGUUCCGCGGGACAUCGGUGGAGGUCCUGGUGCUGACUGGGUGCACCGCACUGCGGGACGUGCACGUGCGCGAUAUCAUGGCUGCUUGUCCGCAGCUGCACACACUUGAUCUCUCCAACAGCGAGGGCCUUACGACGGCGUGUAUCAAGUACAUCAGUCAGCACGAGCGGCUGAAGGUGCUGCGGCUGGAAAACUGCCCUGGCAUCAAACAACUCGAGCUGGCGAACUUGGAGGUUCUCUUCUCUUCGCUUGCGCACGUCACGCGACUUUGGGCUCCGGGGCUUCGCCGUCUGCCGACGCCGCUUACACAUUCGUGCGUGUUGUUUGACUUCUACGCCCCCAACCUGGUGGAGGUGACGUUGAAGGGCGUCGUUGUGGAUGCUGGCACACUCGCUACAUUUGUGUCCGACAGUAGUAGCGAUGGUGCGGCGGAACGCGCGACUCCUUCCGCCGCCUUCACGCUCGGCUGUAGCAUCCCAUCGGUGGAAAAACUGCUCCAGAAACAGCAGCAACGGCCGCAGGAAGGGGAAGCGGAGGUAGAAGAAGAGAAAGGGCAUGUGGGAGAAGAGCAGGAGACGAGAGAGGAAAAGCAGGUGGCCGGCAAGGUGGUCCAGCUUCUAUCGGUUGGAUUCAUUGAGUGCACAAUUGCCGCCCCCUCCGAGUUGAGCGCCUUCCUGAAGCAGCAGGCCCAACUGCUCCGGCUUUCCCUCCACGGCUGCCAGGGAAUGGUGGAUUCGAACCUCGCAUGGCUUCCCACCACAAUUAUGGAGCUUGACGUUGGCGGGGUCGCGCAGCUGACAGGCAGCAGUAUCGACGCCAUCGUUGUCCGACUGCCGCAACUUAUCAAACUGAGCCUCAAGAACGCCGGUGCAUCCAUACAGAACGCGGACCUGCAUCGCUUGCGGGGGCUGGGUAACCUGGAGGUGCUGAACCUCCUCGGCCUACCGCAGUUGCUUCCAGAGGUGGUGGCCGCCGUGGCUGAGGAACUGCCACGGCUCCGCGUGUUAUACCAUGAGACGGCGGUGGUGGAGUGCACGCGUCCGACGGUAUUAUUGCAGGUGCUUCGCAGCGAUGAGGAGGACACCACCCGCCAGGACAUUCACCAGUGCUUAAAGGAACUGCUGCACCUACGCAACGAGACGGCGCUUGCGCUGUGGAUGGAAGCCCAGCUGCCAAAACCCACGCAGCUGCUGCCGCAGCGCUACGUGGCCACGCACGGCGUGGACGUUGGGGCCCCACAACCGCCGCUGACUAAGAACACAACAUUUUACGAAUUAACCCAGCGGACACUCUCGCAGCAGGGCACGGGUCUCAUGGAAUUGGAAAAUGAAGAAGAGUCCACAAUGGUGGACGAUGGAGAGAAGUUGGUACAGCAAGACCACCCGGAAGUGCUGGUGAUUCUCAGCGGAGAAGAGCAAGAGCAGCCUUAUGCGCCCCUCACAGAGGGAUGCGACGACGACGAGGAAGACGAGGAUGAGAAGUCGCGACAGAGUUUGUAUGACAACCAACGCAGGACAGAGUCCGCGAUGGACGAGCGGGGCCGAAUAGCCAUUGAAAAUACGCCUAUGGGUCCAUGGGGUGAGGCUGACAUCGUCGCCGAGCAUCGACGGCACUCGGGGAAUUGA